AAUUUGCUCCUGGUAUUCUUAAUCAUGUCCGCACAGCGAAGUAAUCCACGUUAGCCACCAUGGUCACAAGGAAAGGUAUAUAGUCACCCACGUCUGAACAUGAAGUUUCUAAGUUGCUAUGACAAAAUGCAAAUAUCGUGAGGAAAAUCGCUUGAUGCUACAACAUCACGAAAAUUAAAGUUUGCUGCCUCGAUGUCCCAAACUAAAUUUCUAUAAUACUCUUUUAAAAGCGAGAAAUGACCAAGAUAAAACCAUGUAAUUCAAGAUGGCGGUCAUAGUUAUGUUGCGAUAAUAAAAAUGAUGAUAAUAGACUUGCUUAGCAAUUAGUAUUUAACCCAAAUUGUUAUGCUUUUAAUUAUGGAUAAUAUCAGUGAUUCUUCAGCUAACAAGAACUACUCGUUUUAUGAUGCAAAUAUUGUUUUACCUCGUGUGAAAAGACUUUCAAAUAAUAAUGCAGAAAAUGACUUCCGUGAUAAAAACGAGGAUGAUGAGGGUGAUAUACAGCAUAUGGAAGCUUCUUUUGUAAGAAAGACUGUUCCUAAUUUUCCUAAUAAGAAAGGUGGUAUGAGAGAAGAUAAUCAACCAUCAGAUGGUUCAAUAUUGCUUCUACAAACACCUCGUGAGGAUGACAAACAACAACUAUUUGUUCCUCGACCACCAUCAAAACCCAAACCUCAAUCAAGUUCUGGUAAAUUAAGAGCUUCUCGGAAUGGAUCGCAUAGGGCAAUCUCAACUCUUUCAAAUGAUAUUGGAAAAAAUUUAGAUAAUAGUGCGAAAAAUGUGUCCAAAAAAGUAAAUGAUAAAGAAUUGAUAAAUUUGUAUAAAGACUUUCUUAAUGAACGGUAUGGAAAUAUUAGUGGUCCAAGUGAAAAUGACCUAUCAUCAGACAGCGAUUUCUCUGUUAGUAGUUUAACUGGUGCUCAAAGCAGUGAUGGUGGUGAUGAACUAGGCAAGACGCUAACAAAUUCUUGGUUUCAACCAUUGUAUAGUAUUCCUAUUAAAAAUGAAAAUAAAAAGUCAAAAAAUGGAAAAAUGUUGAAUAAAAUAGUAAUCUCUAAUUCAAGGACACAUAUCAAUCAAGGAUCUAAUUUAACAAUGUAUAAAACUGGAUCUUUACCAGACCUUCGUUCUAUUGAUAAAUUUGAUUUAAAAAAGGUCAGCCAUGUUGUGAAAAAUGAGUCAGAGGCUGAAAGUGAACCAGGAGCACAAAUUGGGUAUAAAUUUCGACCAUUGCCUCCUAUACCGGGUACUUCAUCCAAUAUUAGUACUGGUUUAUAUGAAACUAUUGAUGGUAGGACUGAAAAAUAUGACUGGGAUAGAAAAGACAGUAAACAUCGUUCAUUCAAAGAAAUAGCAACGUUUUUAACAUUAGUUCCGAAGUUGACUACUAACUCUGUCAGAAGUAGAAAAAACGACCAUAGACUUGCUGAUAUCAACCAAUACCUUCCAGAUAAAAAGUUAAAAAUAUUUGUUGGUACAUGGAAUAUGAAAGGAACAAAGUCUUUGCCUGAUUCUCUUGAUGACUUCUUGCUUCCUCCGGAAAGCAUAUACUUACAAGAUAUAUAUGUAAUUGGUACUCAAGAGGGAACACCGUUUAGACGAGAAUGGCAAGUAAGACUUCAAGAAACAUUUGGACCAUCACAUGUCUUGAUGCAGUCCAGUAAUUUUGGCGUUCUACAGCUGUCUGUGUUUGUUCGGAGGGAACUUGUUUGGUUUUGUUCCAGUGUGGAACAAGAUACAACAGCAACACGGAUGGGCCACAAAAUCAAAACCAAGGGUGCGCUUGCCAUGUCUUUCAGUAUAUUUGGUACAUCCUUCUUGUUCAUAACAUCUCAUUUUACGUCACAUGAAGGGAAGCUUCGUGACAGGAUCAAUGAUUACAGAAGUAUAUGUCAAAACAUUCAACUUCCAUAUACUGAUCCAAGAGGAGAAGAAAGAGAUGUGACAACUCGGUUCGAUCGUGUAUUUUGGUUUGGCGAUUUUAAUUUCCGUGUCAAGAAACCACGUGAGGUUGUUGACAAACUCAUUCACAAACAUCGCAAAAGCAAGGACGUUGUCAUCAAAGAACUGUUGCAGCAUGAUCAGCUGAAUGAUGUGUUUUCACGUGGAAAAAUAUUUCAAGGAUUCGUCGAAGCUCCUAUUUAUUUCAUGCCGACUUAUAAAUUCGACGUUAAUACAGAUAUAUACGAUACAUCUUCAAAGCAACGUGUACCAUCUUGGACUGAUCGAGUGAUGCAUAAAUCCGUGCCUCAACACCAUUUGCAACCAUUAUGUUAUAAUUCUUGUAACACGAUCAAAAAUUCCGAUCAUAGACCCGUUUAUGCGAUAUUUGAAACAACUGUUGAACCAUACAAAUCCAAGUUUGUAAUUGGAGGAGGACAUUUUGACAGAGAAGUUUACGUUGAAGCUAAUCUGAGAAGAAAUGCACCGUCAGGUUCGCAAGGAAACAGCCAUGUUUGUACUAUACUGUAACUCGUUAACAUUUGUACAGCUCUCAAGUUCAACAUAAAUAACCCGAAAAACCAUUUUUAUGAGAAAAUUAGAACGGUUCUCCUCUUUUUAAGUGCGAAGAUAACUUCUUCAGAGAGGUAACUUCAUUUCUUCUAGUUUGUGUUUUUGUUGUGUCCCCUAUUUUUUAUUCGCAUUUGUUAUUUUAAAUAUUAAAUUGUAGAUAUUCUAUCUUAAUUUAUACAAACUAUGUAUGUAUAUAUUGAAAUUAUAGCAGAAGUAUUUAUAUGUGUAUAUAAAUAUAAGUGAAUCGAAAAAUGUAGUUUCGCGUUGCGUUGCAAAA